AUUGUAUAUGUCUAACAAAACUAAAAUAUAUUAUUUGAAAAAAAGGCAAUGUUAUACCUAUCUAUGUAUCUGUCUUUGCUAUAAUGUUGAAAAACCCUUGCGCUACACUUUAUUUGCUAAAUCAAGCACGUUUCACGACAUUUGCCUCUACUUUCCAGCAUGAAUUUCCAAACUGUUUGGUUGCUAGGUGUUUUGGCGUCCUAUCUGUGUACGGUUGCUAGCCAAUGGCUAGCUAGCUAAUAUCAGCGUAGGUGAUAUACGCAUACGCCGUGUCAAAAAUUGAUUAUAUAAAUUCAAGUUGCGGAUGAACACGUUGAAGGCGAUAUAAGCCUAUAUUUACUAAUUACUUGAGUGAAUAAGGCUCUGAAGAAUGCUUCAUGGAAGUACAAAUGUUAUAUGAGAGCAGAAGUCUUUGCUGUCAGUAGGUGUUUUAAAGGUUUUGGACAAUCACAUGAGUUCCAGGGAAGCAGCCAGGAUGGGGGACAUCUUGGCCACUGAAGCCGAUCUUCUUGGGAUGAUCAAAGAGUACCUUAAGUUUGAGGAAUUGGAAGAGACUGUUCACAGUUUUGACAUGGAGUGCAAAAGCAAAGGAAAGCUCGUCUCAAAGCCUCAAGGAAGCACUCUCAGAGACUCAAAGACUUGUGUCAUUCAGAAAGAUCUUCUUAGCUCUUUUGAUGAUGGAGACCACAAAGUGUUCUUUGAACUGUGGACAGAGAAUAUGCCCUCAGAGGUAAAAGACACAGACGCUGAGGCCCAGAGCCUGGAGUUCUACCUUCACAUCCACUUCACCAUCUUUCCACUGAGGAAGCACCCUGGCAGACAUGACCGAGCUGAAUUUGAGGAGAGGAUUUCCCACUUUAAGCAGUACCUGGAGACUCGGGGAGCAGCGCUGAGUCAGACCACCAAGUUUCUGCCUUACUAUGCCUUGCCUUUCGUUCCCAAUCCCACUGUCCAUCCCUCCUUCAAAGAUCUUUUCCAGGAUUCCUGGAUUCCGCAGUUGAAGGACAAGUUGGACCAGUUUCUUUCGAUCACAUUGAAGCCGUCCAACAACCCAAGGCUGCUGAAUUUAUACAAGGAGGGAGGAAGGAGUACUAAAGAGGCCAUACAGCAGUUACAGCUCCAACUGGUUGAAUCGGAACGGCGCAUCGCCAGCUACGUACGGAAGUUCAACAAGAUGCAGGCCGACUACCACAACCUGAUUGGAAUCACUGCUGAGCUGGUCGACUCAUUGGAGGCCACCGUCAGCGGAAAAAUGAUCUCCCCUGAGUACCUGCAGAGUGUGUUCGUUCGCCUGUUCAGCAGCCAGAUGAGGCAGAGCGUGGUGCAGAGCACUGACUUCACCAGACCCGGCACUGGAUAUUACUCUAUGAGUCCCUAUGAUGAUGGAUAUGCCUCGUCGUUGCUACGAGCAUCCAUUGCACCGCAGAGAUCCAAGGAGGUGCCAAUGCUGCCCUCACUGGACUAUGAAAAGCUAAAGAAAGACCUGCUUGAAGGCUCAGACAGACUCAGGUUGCUGCUGCUUCAGGCGCUGCGCUGGAGACUGACUCGCUCACUCCCUGGUGAACAAAGAGACACAGUGCUUCAGGCCUUCAUCAGUAACGAUCUGCUGGAGCGCUACAGCACAAAACAGAAAGCGGUGCUUCAUUUAAUGAGAUCGAAGAACGAGAUCGUCCGCCAGUAUAUGGCUCGUCUCAUCAAUGCAUCCGCUUCCCUUGCGGAGGGUCGGGUUUACCUCUCCCAAAUCCCCAUGCUACUGAAACUUCUGACAGAGGCACUCAGGACGGAGGAAAAAGACUCCAUGACUAGAGAGAAUGUGCUCGUGGCCCUGCAGAAACUCAGCCUCAGGAGGAGCCAGCAGGCCGCCAUGAUAGCAGACGAUCUGAUUGGCUGGCUGGUAGAUGAGCUGCAGGACUCAGACUGCCUGAGUGACCACACCCUGGAGUACUCUGCUGCUCUGCUCAUGAACCUGUGUCUGCGUACAAAAGGAAAAAGGAAGUGUGCAGAGAACGCCAAGCAUGUGCUAAAGGUUCUAACUGACCUCCUCGGACAUGAGAACCAUGAGAUUCGACCGUAUGUGAAUGGAGCCCUGUACAGUAUCCUGUGUAUUCCCUCUGUGAGACAGGAAGCCAAAGAGAUGAGUGUGGAGGAGAUUCUUCGCUGCUACAGCAAAGAGGAGAACCCAGACCUCAACAGACAGAUUAAGUUCAUCAUUAAACAGCUAAACUCAGCUGAUGAGGAGGGGCCAGAGUCAGAUGAUGAUGAAGAAGGGGAGGAUGACAAUGAUGAAGAUUUAAUGGAGACAGACCUUGAUAUAGAGGAAGUUCUCCAACCACAGCCCAGGGAAUUGUCGGGGGAGAGUCUGCUGACCACUGAGUACCUUGGCAUUAUGACCAACAUGGCAAGAGUGAAGAGGAAGUCGACCCCUCUGCUGCCAGCAAGUGUUGAUGAACCCCUCCAACGGCCAGUCACCCCAAGUUCUCAUCGUAAUGUCAACGCGGUGGACUAUCGAUCAGGCAGUGAGGGGGGUGAGGGCAGCAGGGACAGGGAAUUCUCCUUUAGCAGACAGAAGAGCGAGGAAGGAAGUCUGCCUCCUUCUCGAUACAGCUCCCGACCUCCAACGCGCUCCGGCAGUCGCCCCAGCACUGCUGACUCCCUACGUCACAGUAUAGACUCCGAGUGCGGCCGGCUGUCCCAGGAGUCAGAGUUGGACGGGCCAUAUGAAGGGCGAGCCAGAAAAGGACGUUCCCAGGAGGAACAUAAUGGACACUCUGCCAGUGUUGAUUACGUCCCUCCAUUUACAAGCCAGCCCAAGAUUCCCCGUACACCUGACACAGCAGACAGCCAGAACAGCAGUGCUCACCGGGCUCGAGGCCCGGCUCUGGCACCCCUGUUUUCCCAUUCUGAGCCGCAGCAGAGCAGUCGUCCAGGCUCCGCCAGCUCCACAGAAGGAGGGGGACGGCACAGUGGAAGCAGCCAUUCAAAGGGGAUGUGAAGAGGGAGCUGUCACCAUGGAGUAGCAUUAUCUCCCCGGGAACAUCAGGCUUCCUGUAACUUCAUCCCCCCCACCCCCCCCCCCCCCCAGGUUGUGAUCAGGGUCAGGGCAACAUAGAUGGCCGAGGAUCAGCAGCAGCAGGAAGAGGGACUUGAACAAUGUGAAGGAUUGUGGCUCUCCAUUUUCUUUUUUUCUUCCCCCCCCUCUUUCGGCUUCAGCAGAGACUGUAACAUAAUAUAGACAAUAACCACAAUCCCCAGCCGUCCAACCCUCUGCACCUCGUAGCCUUAGAUGGCCCUGAAUUUAUUUACUCUCUCAUCAAGGUGAUAGUUGGCACACAUCCUCCAGCCAUGACAAAAUUCAUGUGUAACAAAAUGCGGGUAUUGUAAUUAGUAAGUAUAGCUCCGGGCUGUGGAUAUAUGUGAUCACCUUUCUGGUUUCUGACAUAAGCACAUUACAGUUCUUCACAUCAGUAGAGAUAAACAGAGUCCAAGAGACGCCUCUUUGUGUUGAUGAAUCCUCAAUAUCUGCUUUUAAAUCUGAAUACGAGCUGAAGUGUUCACACUUGAGCAAAGUGGGAUUCCACCUGCUUUUAACGACAUGUAAGCGGGGGAUUAGUGGUUUAGGAAACCUGACAUGACGAGGCAUAAAGAUAAAAUGUUUCUGUGAUUGUCACAAAGUGUAAUCGCAUCUCAUUUAGUACGGGACAUGGCAAGGACGUUUUGUUGUGUUUGUGAUUGUACAGAUAUUGUUCCUUUCCAAAGUUCCCAUCUUGAUUUCACAAAUCUAUAAUCUUCUGAAUUUCACUACGUACUGUAUAUAUAGAUUUGUUGACUGCGGUGGAAAAUAUCCGUCCACAUAAAUAAAUAAUUGUACCGGCUUUACUUCAAAAUAUAAGACAUUAUCUCAUAUCAGAUAAGUUGCUGCUCUUAUUUAACUUAUGCUCCAGGAAAUGUUUACAAGAAAGACACAGGUCUUGACAUGAGUUGUCAGGCUAGUGCAUGUUUUGUUUUUUUAAGUCUAUAUUUAGUGCUUAUUGCUAUUAACAAACAGUACCAUCCAUACAACAACUUGAAUUGGUGUCUUAAAUCCAGCAUUGUACAUUUGCGCUAUUUUCCAGAUGUGGGGAUGUACAGUAUAUUUAUGUUAACUGCUACAUUGUUGUUGUAAUGCAUUUUGAUAGUAAUUGAUACUUUUUAAGUGGUUUUAAAUAAAUGUGUGACUUUUCUAGUCUUAAAAAUCUA